AUGUUCAAGUCAAUUCUAUUCACUUGUUUCGUCUUAGCAUUGAGUUUUCUAGUUAUUGGAAAGCCAAUCUAUGUUGAAAUUUGCAAUUUAGCAAAAGAAGAACUUGCACCAAUCAUUAACAAUGAUAAAUGCAAUCUCAACAAUUACACACUCCUCCUUCCAGCCAACACUCGUGUCGAAAUUAUUGGUCAAAGUUUCUUCUGUGGCAGAGAAAAACUCAUGUUUCCAAUUUCAGUUUAUGGCAUUCAGGGAGAUGUCUUGUUGAGUAAUUUGUGUGCAAUCAAGUCAGAGUUUAGAGGUGGUGAUAAAGUAGUUGUUUGUAAGGGAAGCUCAUUGAAUGUGUAUUCAACUCCAUUGCUUUAUGGAAAGCCUGCUUUCACAUUUGUUCAAGGUCAAUUCGGUUAUGUAUUGUCUGAUCCAAUUUAUACUGAACAAGGAAUUUAUGUUACAAAGGUUUUGGUUGGAAGCUCUAUUGGUUGGGUUGACACUAAUUUUAUUUGCAGUGUCUAA